CCUUUCUCUACUCCCUCUGCAGGCCUCUCAAAAACAAGAGAUCAAGAGAAAAACAAAUAAUAAAAAAAAGAAAAAUCUGAGAUACAAGAAAAGGGUCCGAGAGAUUUUUGAUCACUUAGUACAAUGAAAUCCUUGGGAAAGGUGCUUCAAAGACAGUGUAUAGAGGGUUUGAUGAGUAUGAAGGGAUUGAAGUUGCUUGGAAUCAAGUCAAGUUAUAUGAUUUCUUACAAAGUCCUGAAGAUCUUGAGAGAUUAUACUGUGAAAUCCAUCUUCUUAAGACAUUGAAACAUAAAAAUAUCAUGAAAUUUUAUACUUCUUGGGUUGAUACAGCAAAGAGGAAUAUCAAUUUUGUCACUGAAAUGUUUACUUCUGGGACUCUUAGACAGUACAGGGAGCGGCACAAAAGGGUUAACAUUAGAGCAGUGAAGCAUUGGUGUAGGCAGAUCUUAAGAGGACUACUAUAUCUUCAUAGCCAUGAUCCGCCUGUUAUUCAUAGAGAUCUUAAAUGUGAUAACAUCUUUGUUAAUGGAAAUCAAGGUGAAGUUAAGAUUGGGGAUCUUGGUUUAGCAGCAAUUCUAAGAAAAUCAGACUCUUCUCACUGUGUUGGUACACCAGAAUUCAUGGCACCAGAGGUGUAUGAAGAGGAAUACGAUGAGCUAGUUGAUAUUUAUUCAUUUGGAAUGUGCAUAUUGGAAAUGGUUACCUUUGAGUAUCCUUAUAGUGAAUGCACUCAUCCUGCUCAGAUAUACAAAAAAGUUAUUUCUGGAAAAAAACCAGAUGCUUUGUACAAAGUGAGGGACCCUGAAGUAAGACAAUUCGUUGAUAAAUGCUUGGCAGCGGCAUCUCAAAGACUUUCAGCUAGGGAGCUUUUGAGGGACCCAUUUCUGCGAAUUGAUGAUUGUGGUGUUGAUUUGAGGCCAUUGGAAUCUUUGAGUAACUACGAGAUGAUUGAUCCUCUCUUGAGACAGCCUCUAUUUGAACUCCGUCGCAGUGGUAGUUCCUUGCUUAAUGGAUACAUGAAUGAUCUUGAUCUCAAUCACGGAAUUGAACCUGAGAAUGGAUGGUAUCAUCCAGUUGAUACUGACCAAAACGGCAUUGAACUUUUCACCUAUCACGAAGAUGAGCAGCAUUCUCCACACGUGGACAUCACAAUCAAGGGAAGGAGGAGAGAAGACAAUGGGAUCUUUUUAAGGCUAAGAAUUACAGAUAAAGAAGGCCGCAUCAGAAACAUCUACUUCCCUUUUGACAUUGAAGAAGACACAGCAUUUAGUGUUGCAACAGAAAUGGUUGGUGAGCUUGAUAUAACUGACCAAGAUGUAACCAAGAUAGCGGAUAUGAUCGAUGGCGAAAUUGCCGCCCUGGUGCCAGAUUGGAGGCCAGGGCCAGGCAUAGACGAAACUCCACGAUUUGCUAAUGCUAGUUUCUGUCAAAACUGUGCCUCUACCCGUACAUCCACUGGAUCUCUUAUUGAUUAUCAUUCAUUCAGUAAUCCCGAUACCAACAGCGUACAACCUCUGCAGUGCUCUCAACAUGGAUGUGCUGCUGCAAUGCAUGGUAGGUUUGAAGAGAUUACAUAUCAAGUAGACGAGUCUGAUCACUGUGCUACUGAGGGACCACCAGUGGUAUUAAGCCAAUCAGAGGACUUGCACCAUGCAGACAUUUGGGCUCACCAAGAGGGACCCGAGUUAAGUUCUCUAGGAUCAGGAGAGAUUCAUUCCGAUGAAGAACAUGGAAGGCUAGAUCGAUUAGCCUCAAUCAAGGACAAGAAUGUAAUUAGUUUGGACAAUUAUGUCGAACCUGUUUCAAUAAAUUCCGUGCAUGUGAGACCAGGGCACUCCAGAGCUCCAUCUGCAGGUAUCUAUUUAGAUGAUUACGAGUGUGAGAUCAGGCAGGAAUUAAGAUGGCUUAAAGCCAAAUAUCAAAUGGAAUUGGGAGAGCUGAAGAAUCUUCAGUUAGGAGGGAAAACAAAGGGUUCGAAGGUACAUCCAGGUUCCGAAAACUGGGAACCAGCAAUAGGAAAUCGAGACAUGGUUCUAAGUUUCCCAGAACAAAGAGAGAACGAUAAGAAAUUCUUAACAUCAUUUUCAUCAGGGAAGUAUCAUUCUUUUAACUUCUCGAAUGGUGGUCAGAAUAACUGCCCUAAUUCGGAGAACCAAUUGGCCCGAAAUUGUGAGGCGUCAACAGAGUUACCAAGUCCAGAGUUCAUUUUCACUGCCAAGAAUUUUUACACAGGGACACUACUUCCUAAUUCUCUUCACAGAACAACAUCACUUCCAGUUGAUGCUGUUGAUUAGUGUCUGUAAGGUGUGUUCCCUUCUUUUGAUUAUUGAAAUUCAGAUCACACAAGCUGUUUCAUUUGUUUCACCCUUCUCCCUUUAAUUUUUUUACUUGAUUUUAGUUCCACAUCUCUCUUGGUUGCAAUGAUUUUGAGAAUAGAAAUGAAAAAAAGGGAUAUAUGGGUAUCUGUAAUUAUGAACAGAUAUGUAGUUUUUACAGCUUGUAUGGUCUCCAAGAGUGGUCACAUAUAUGAAAAAGAAAGAUAUCCAUGUACAUUCUUAAUUUGCUUUAAGAUUAUCAAACCAAAAGGUCUCUCAGUCUCAUUCUACUGAUUUCUUUCUUAAAUGUUUCGGUCUGUUAUCUACUGCAUGCUUAAACUUGUUUUGGGGUGAAAAAGUGAAGAUUUCUGUAAGAUAUUUUUUAA